CCUUCCACCGUUGAUCGGCUAUGAAUGCAAUGUAAUCGAAGCUCUUAGCGAAAUGACCGAUCUCAUUACGCGAUCGCUUAAAUUCUGUGUUUUGCUUGGCUGCUUCGUUAAUUUUCUCCACCAAAAGAACUGGCACUGCGUUGACCACUCUCUGAGUUUCUCGACCAGGACCCUGUACUCGUCAACCAAUUGGAACGCUUAUACUGGUGAUGUUUAUGUAUUGUCGUUUUCAGUUCUUUGGCUUGAGGAAGAGGAUAUAUGCAUGUCCACCUUUCUCCGACAAACGGGCAGGAUAUCUUUAGCCCAGAUGAGAAGAACACGUACUAGGAUUCGAAGUAUUCAAUAAUGAUGAGACGGCGUCUUGCUUUGCUGAGUUUGCAACCCGUCUCGCUCUCUUCUUAUCUAUCAUUACGAGUUCUAGCGCUUAGAUGGAUGAUCAGCCUAGAUUUCGCAUAGCUAUCUGUGGAGGAGGAAUCGGUGGGCUAUCUCUCGCCGUCAUUAUUGGCAAGCACUGCAAGGAUGUCAAGAUCGAUUUGUUUGAAGCAUUGCCUCAGUUCACCGAAAUCGGCGCAGGCAUUUCAGUAUGGAAGCGGACAUGGUUCAUCAUGAAGGAGCUCGGUCUCGAUGAGACUCUGGGUAAAAUGGCAGUAGAGCCACCCGUCGAUGAGAUAAAACCCAGUCUUUGUUUCAGGAAAAGCGACCAAGAAACAGAAGGCUUCAAUUUCGUUCGCAUGAUGACACCUUAUGGAUCGAUUACCCUCCAUCGUGCCGACAUGUUGAAAGUCCUCAUGGACAAUUUACCCCCGCCCUCGAUGUUUCACGCACACUUCAACAAACGGCUUGCAUCUUAUUCGACAAAGAGCAACUCUGUGAUUCUCCACUUUACGGAUGGUUCGUCAUUCGAGUCGGAUAUGUUGGUAGGAGCGGAUGGAAUCAAGUCCGCAACGCGCAUGAAAAUGUACAUAUCAUUGGUGGAUCGAGCAGAGGAAGAAGACCGGAAAACUCAGUUGAAGCGCUUCGUGCAGGCAGAAUGGUCGGGAACGUACGGCUAUCGUGCGCUAGUGGAAACGAACAAGUUAUUGCAAGCGGUGCCUGGUCAUCAGGCUGCCUCAGUUCCAAUGAUGUAUUGCGGAAAGGACAAACAUGUUAUAUCCUAUCCGAUAUCUCAAGGAAGGCUCGUGAAUAUUGUCGCUUUCAUUACGGUUCCCGGUGGAGAGGGAAAGCAAUUCGACGGACCUGCCGUAGUCGACGUGACGAAGCAAGAGAUGUUGGACCAAUACAAGGGGUGGGAGCCCGAGAUCCAUUCUCUCCUUAAUUGUUCCGAGAAGGUACAGCGAUGGGCAAUUAGCCAGAUACGUGGCUUACCAACAUACGUGGAUGGCCUAAUCGCAAUACUGGGAGACGCGGCACACGCCAUGACGACUCACCUUGGCGCAGGAGCAGGCCAAGCCAUUGAGGAUUCGUUCAUUCUCGGACAACUCCUUGCACAACCAGGCGUGAACCAGUCAAAUCUCGCUUCAGUAUUGCGCAUAUACGACGCCGUCCGUAGACCUCUCGGAAACCAUUUCGUUGAGCGCUCACAUACCUCCGGAUUCUUUUACGAGUUUAAUAACCUUCCUGAGGGCAUCGACGGAGCGCUCAUUCGUGCAGGCUAUGACGUAGAGUUGGAAAAAUUAGCGCAAGUAAUAUAUAAGAAAUGGGAGGUUCAAUGGAGUUCGCUUCCAAACGUUGAGUGGAAAGAAGCGAAACGGAGGCUUAAAGAGGCGUUUGAGACAUCUGGUCGAAAUGCUUCAAAGCUAUAA